UGCUUAUUCUGUGGCUCGGCCUAUGGGCUGGGCCCUUCACGCUGUGACUGGGAGUCGCUCAGGCAGGGGCUGAGCGCUCAGACCUUGGGGCUAGUCUCAGGGGGUGCUGGGGCUUUGGGACGUGGAGCUCCCUGUGGGUGCCCAUGCGAAGCACUAACUCUGCCCUUCCUGCCCCACAGAUGCUGAUGCUGGUGGCCCUAGUGCAGGUGCUGUGUGUGGUCCCUGCAGCAGCCUUGACAGACUUCCCCAGCAAGUUUCUGGUCGGGGAGGUGAACGGCCAGGUGGUGGUGACCUGCGACAGCGCCCAGGAGCAGGUGUCCUGGAAGCAGAACGAGCACCAGGAGAUCAUGGCCGAGCACCACAUCGCCGGCCGCACCCUCACGCUCGAGGGCCUGGACCAGCCGGCCACCGGCAACUACACCUGCUGGCAUGGCCCUCGCCUGCUGGACUCCACCUACGUGGUGGUCAGCGACCCGGACUACCCCCUGCUGCAGGGCGCCCCAGGCAGCGCCGUGACCUGCCGGGCGGAGUCCUACGGCGGCGAGCUGAGCUGCUCCUGGACCGCGCUGCGCCCCGCCGCCUUCCGCGCCCGCCUCUCCCGCAGCCCCGACGGUGCCCCCGGGGCCUGGCUCUACGUGGGCGGAGGCUCCGCGCUGCAGGGCCCGGACCAGCCCCAGACCUUCACGGCGACCCUGGCGGACGGGACCUUCUGCCCCUUCGCGGAGGAGCCGAGGCCGCUGGAGCUGGUGCUGGAGGGAAUCUCGGCUGAGAGCUUCGUGAACAUCACCCACCGCCUCUUCCUCCGGGACAUCGUGAGGCCGGGCCCCCCGCAAGACGUGACUGCGCAGAGCAAGGGUGGGCUCCUGCACCUGUCCUGGGCCCCCCCAGCCUCCUGGUCCAGCCCACACUCCUACUUCCUCCUGCGCUACCAGCUGGAAUACGAGCACUGGGACGGCACGAAGGGUUCCCUCCAGCUGGAGGGGGUGACGGAGAUGAGCAUCGAGGGGGAUGUACGGUGGGUGCAGAUCCGCUGCCAGGACCCCUUGGUCAACUCCACCUGGAGCCCCUGGACCACCUGGCAGAACGUGUGAUGGGACCUGUCAGAGCUGGGCCUGCAGCCCCCUUACCCUCAACCCAUCCCCCCAUCUGCUCUAUUUAACCCAACCCCAUUGCUGGGAGGCCUAACACUAGUCUGACAGACCCCCAAAAGGCA